AUGCAUAAUAUAGAUAAUAACGAUAAAUAUAUAAAUAAUAAUAAUACAAAAAAAAAAAAAAAAAAUUGCAACAAUAUUAAUAAUAAUAAUGAAAGCAAUAACAAUAGUUAUAAUGAUAAGUUAUUUUUUUCAGUGUGGAGAAACAAAUAUCUAUUAAGUGAAAUACAAAGACAUCACAGGUUAUAUAAUGAAAAUGAAAUACUGUAUAUUAGCAAGUCAAUAGACCAACUUAGAUAUCAUCCACAUAGAAGAUAUGCAACAAAAAUUAGGAUUGUGGUAGAUGAUGAGGCAUUAGAACCACAUGGUCAAGUUAUACCCUAUGGUACCACAGAAUUAGAGUUCGUGAAAAAUUCUAAUAUACUAAUUAAAGCAGGUGAUAUUCCACCAACUGUGACCAGUUUGAGCUUUGGAUGGUACUAUAUUAAUCAAAUCGAUAUUAAAUCUGUCUUACCACCAGGCGUUACUAAAUUGAAAUAUUGCAAUCUUGAUGAAAUUCCCACUUCAGAUACACUACCUCCAUCUCUCACCAGUUUAGCUAUAGCGACAAAUCAAGAAUUUAGUAAUGGGACUUUUCCAAAAUCAUUAACUUGCUUAAAGUUGUAUGGAUUUAAAAAUAGUAUAACUCCAGGUUUAUUCGAUUCAAUUGUAGAUUUAAAACUUUCAUCUUUUGACCAACCUUUAAAAUCUGGUGAUUUACCCAAUACAUGCAAAAAACUUAAUCUCGGUUUAUAUAAUCAUCCUAUUCAACCAAAUAUUCUUCCACCUCAUUUAGAAACUUUAGAGUUAAUCAAAUAUAGUCACCCAAUACCACAUGGUUCACUACCAGAAUCAAUCACCGAACUGUAUAUGUUCAGGUUUGAUCAACCAUUAUCAAAUAUAUUAUCACCAUUAAAAUCAUUAAAAACGCUAACACUAGAUAGAUUUAAUCAAGAGAUAUCCAUCGAAACAUUCCCAUCCUCCAUUGAAACUAUAAAUUUGGGUAGUUUUAACCAAGUUUUGAAACCAAAUGUACUUUUAUCAUCAAUCACCAAACUCAAUUUAUCAAACUAUUUCCAUCCAUUAGAGCCACAAAUAAUACCAGCAAAUGUACAACACUUGGAAAUUGGAGGAUCUAGCUUUGGUAAGCAUAUAUUCCCACACUCUUUAAAAACUUUAUCAUUAACAGGACCUCAUGGUAUUUUAUCAGAAAAUGAUAUACCAGCCUCAGUUACACAUCUAGGAUUCGGUCGUUCAAGAGUUACAAAUUUUCAAGAUAUUUCAAUUCCACCAUCGAUUAAAAUACUUGAACUUCCACUCUAUUAUAACCAACCUCUUCAAGCUGGUUUUAUUCCAGAUUCAGUUGCAGAUUUAACUUUUUCUUCAUACUAUAAUCACCCUCUUCAAGAAGGCGUAUUACCAGAAUCAAUCACUAGAAUAACAUUUGGAUUUAGAUAUAAUCAACCUCUAGAUACAAAUACUAUUCCACAAUCUGUUACACAAAUAAGACUAAAUGAUACAUAUAAACACCCAAUACCAGAGUCUUUAUCUAGUAGAAUUUCAAAUAUUAAAUUUUGGAGAUAG